GACGCCGGAUGAUUACGAUGAGAUAGACCGAGACCGCAGAGAUCGCGAGCCGUUUGCACGAGCAAGGAGGCUGGAUGAUUACCCGCGAAGCCCUCGCUAUGAGGCCGAUCGGGGUAGAGGCGACUCCCACGGCCGAUGGGAGACAAAUCAGGGCCGACGAGAUGGAUGUAGGGACGACAGAUGCGAGAGGUCAAGUCGAGAUGGCUACGGAGGAGGUAGGUAUGAAAGAGGAGAUCGGGACUGGGAACGAUGAGAUGGGUCGCGCGGACGGUUUGAGCGCGAGGGAGAUGCGAGAGAGCAGCGCGAUGAGUCGCGGGGGUGGUACAACCGAGGGGACCGACGCGAUGAGACACGAGGGCGAUAUGACUCGGGGGACCGCCGGAAUGAUUCGCGAAGGCAGUAUGAGCAAGGAGGAUCAGGAGGAGACCGCCGCAACGAUUCCCAGGAGUUCGAUCUCGAGGAGCGCAGGCGACAGACCAUCUACUCCCAGGAACUCAUGCGUUAUUUGUAGAGGAGAAGAUCAUAUCAAGAGGGAUUGCCCGGACCUCAAACGAGCAAUAGAUCAGGGGCUUGUCGUGCUUGACGACCGCAAGUACGUCAAGUGGGCAGAUGGUCUGGGAGAUGUAUCGAUGUUCCCUUCGAUGAAGGAGAAUGUCGAAGCAAGGAGAGUAAAGCCGAGUAAAGAAAAUGAGUCGGUUAGGAGCCAGAGUAUCAAGAUAACCUUUGAGGGGGAUAUGGCGACCACACCCAUAAGGGUGGCAGCCACCAAGUUGGCGAGAGAGUCUACAUCGAAGAAGACUGACACGGAUUACGUGAUGACGGAGAAGGACGGGCAGCGGGUCGAUGGAGAGGAGGUUAUCCUUUCGCCGCGAAGGAGGGGAGUGAAGAAGUUCUUAAUGAAGAGUUCGCUAGACACGAUUGACACGGUCGAGCCACUGAGGCAGACCCUUCCGCAACCCAUGCAGUGCUCUAUUCUGGAGCACCUAGCGGCAUCGAAGCCGGCUCGUGAUGAGUUACAGAUGAUCACGCGAAAAACUCGCAUACCUCUAUCGGAGGAGGGUCAGGGGGCCCCUAAGGCGGAAGCUCCUACAGUAGCAGUAACGGGGGUGAUUGCCAGAGCGGAUCGCAUGGCGACAGUCCUUCUCGUAGGAAUGGAAGGUGUGCCUCCAGACAAGUUUUAUAUACUUGGUAGCGGGGCCGUGGAGACGAUUAUAAACGAUGGAGCGAUACUCGAUGCUGUGAUCGAUAACGACAGUGAGACUGUCAUCAUAGACGAGGACCUGGCAGUACAGGUUGGACUGGGCCUCGAUAGGUAAUACCUAUUCGAGAUAGAGACGGCUGAUGGGAGAAAGCAACAGAUC